UUAACAUCGAUGUUGUGAUAUUUACUUGAUUGAAAAAAAGAAAAAUAUACGUCAGUGUCAAUGUAGACAAAAGUAGAAAAUUAAUUUUUCACGAUUUUUUUUUACUUUUUUUUUCAUAUCUUUUUUUUAAUAUAAUUCAAUAUGAAUAAAACAAAUAUGCUAGCAGCCCACAAGGUGAAACUUCACGGAAUAACUUCCAGCAAGUGGACCACGAAAGACCAAAUCGUACAAUACAAAGGUCUCAUUAGUCUGUACACAAGAGAUAAGAAGAUUCUCGAAAUGGAUAAUAUUUUAGCACGAAAAAGACAAAGUAAAGGAUUGAAACAGAUACAACGAAACAUAGAAGCCUCAAGGAAAGAAUUGGAUAAUGCUAUUAAAGGUGAUAAACAGAAGCUUCGAAAUACCCUAGCCGUUAAUAAAGAACUACAACUCAGAUUCCAAAAUUCACCUCCACAGAAAGUCAUAGAUAUUCUAAACCAAGUCAAUUUCACCAAACGUAAAGCAAGAGAUAUAUCAAGGUACAAAAUGAAGAUAAAAUCUGAAAUACUUACAGACUUGAAUCUUAAAUACAGUGAAUACGAGGAUCAAAUUAAAUACGAAGGUGUUGAAUCAUUAUUACCUUGCGAGAAAACGGCUUAUCUUAUAACCGGGAAAGUUCAAGACGCGAUGUUAAGAAAAGAAGCCGCCAUUUAUAUAAGAAAUUCUUACAAAGAAAUAAUUGCUAUUAUGCGAAAAGAUUCCAUUUAUUUUGAUGCCCUAUUAGAUACGUUGAAAUACGAUGGUUUGAAACAAGGAAAUUGCAUGUUAAGUGCUACAAAAUUAGGGCAACAGGCAACGGAAUAUUUAGAAGAUAGAAAAGAAGAAUAUAAAUUUCUCGAAAGAAUAGUAAGAACAGAAAUGUUGAAACGAAAAAACGAUCUUGCUCUAGUACAACAAAACGUCCAAAAUUUCACGGAAAAUUUGAAAAACCUAAUGAGAACAGAUAGCGAUAUUAAUUUAGGAAGAAUAAAUAUAGAUGAAUCCCCAAGUUACACUCUAUUGAAAGAGGAAAUUUCAACAAUUGAAGGUACUAUGAAAAUGUUAAUGGAAUCGUUCAUCACGUCUUCUGUAGAUCAACUCUACCCAUUGUUAAUUGGACAGUUGCAUCAAAAGAACACUCUAUUGAAAUGGAAAGAGAAAAACGAGAAUAUAAAAGAAGAUUUGUUAUUCAAAAAUAAAACGGCAACGACUAUGUACAAUAAAAUGAUGAGUACAACGCUCGAUACAACUGCUUCAUAUAAUGAAAAGAAAAUAGAAUUUGGAAAUAAAAUUGCCAAUAAGGUAGCUGAGAGAAAGAAGCUGCAACUUCUAAUAAACGAUAGAUAUCAGCUCAUGGCUAAGAUAAGAUUAUCCCUGAAGCACCUCCAAUUAGUAUCAAGCCUGUUACAAUCAGAUGCACGUAAGAAAAUUUCUUUUUCCAAAUAUGAUGAUGACAUGCAACUUGCAAUACCCGGAGACGACGAAGUCGAUCACAUCAAAAUAAUUCCAGAUUUACUAAGUAAAUUUGCUAAAUUAGCCCACGAAUCGAAGGAUCUUUUAAGUGAUACGGAUACGGAAAAAGGAUACAAACAAUUCGAAAUGUAUAUGAGGAAUUUAAGCAAACCGAUAGAGGUUAACGUUACACCUAGCGAAGAAUCACUGAUCGAUACAGUGUUUAUAGAUAAUACUGUACCGACAUUCGAUGAUAUAAAGAAACGAAGUGCAGAAAUCGUUGCUCUCGGCAUAGCUGCAUUGGAAUAUAAACCUCCGAUACCCCCUAAGAAGAAAAAAUACAAAUUCAAAUAAUAUCAUUUCUUGGUGCUGGAGGAUUAGCAUUAUCAUUAUUUGAUAAGAAAAACGCGAGGCUUAAUAUGUCGAACAUAUUUGUUAAGUAUAUUGAAAAUUAAAGCAGCUACAACUUUUAUUUUCUUGUAUACACCAGUCUUGUCUAGCAUAUGUUGAUUAAACUAUGAAAAAAAAAACACUUUGAACAAUUGA